AGACACAGCAGGGAGGAGUCGGGGUUAGAUGGAGGGGCUCUGUGUUCUCCUUCUGCUGGCCAAAGUUCUGACUUGGACUGACCACUUCAAAUCUACUGCCUAUGCAUCGGUCUUUCUCUUCUUAGCUAUUCGUAGCUAUUCCUUCAUAUCAUUCAGUCCACGUUUAGGUGUUUUUGCAGAUGAAGGUGAUUUCUUUAGGCACUAAGCUUUAUUAGAAGCAAAUGCAGAUAAAUCAAAGGCAGGUUGCCUAGUAUAGGAAGCUAAGUCAAGUGUAUAGAGGUAUAAGUGGAGCAAUGGCAAAUCCCUCGUCAGACAAAGUGACCAUCAACAACCCAGCAGACAUCACCGUCAUUGUCGGAUACUUCAUCAUGGUUCUCAGUGUUGGCAUUUGGGCCAUGUUUCGGAGCAAUCGUGGGACAGUUGGAGGGUAUUUUCUGGCAGGGCGCACAAUGACCUGGUGGCCGGUUGGUGCAUCUCUGUUUGCCAGCAACAUUGGUAGUGGUCACUUUGUGGGCUUGGCAGGCACUGGGGCAGCCAGUGGCAUCGCUGUGGGAGGGUUUGAGUGGAAUGCUCUGUUCAUCGUGCUGCUGCUCGGCUGGUUGUUUGUACCUGUCUACCUCACAGCUGGGGUGAUCACGAUGCCCCAGUACCUGAAGAAGCGGUUCGGAGGGACCAGGAUCAGCCUCUACCUCUCCGUUAUCUCUCUGUUCCUCUACAUAUUCACCAAGAUCUCAGUGGAUAUGUUUUCAGGAGCUGUGUUUAUCCAGCAGGCAUUAGGGUGGAACAUCUACGUGGCCGUCAUCACCCUUCUGUUAAUAACAGCCUUGUACACUGUUACAGGUGGCCUGGCCGCUCUGAUGUACACUGACACAGUUCAGACCGUUGUCAUCAUUACCGGGGCAUUCAUCCUCACCGGCUUCUCUUUUGCUGAAGUAGGAGGCUACAGCGCUCUGCUGGCCCGAUACGGCUCUGCUAUGCCAAGUAAUUUCCAUUCCAUGGAUCCCCAGCGCUACAACAUCUCCCCUCAAUGCUACACCCCCAGACAGGACGCCUUCAGCCUGCUGAGGGACCCAACCACAGGGGACCUGCCCUGGCCUGGAGUGGUGUUUGGGAUUGCGAUAGUGGGAGGCUGGUACUGGUGUACAGACCAGGUGAUAGUCCAGCGCUGCCUUGCAGCUUGUAGUCUGACGCAUGUGAAGGCCGGCUGCAUCCUGUGUGGCUACCUCAAACUGCUGCCAGUGUUCCUCAUGGUGUUCCCCGGCAUGAUCAGCAGGGUCCUCUACCCAGAUGAGGUUGGCUGUGUUGUCCCUGAGGUGUGUAAGAGGGUGUGUGGGACUGAGGUGGGCUGCUCCAACAUUGCUUAUCCUAAACUGGUGGUGUCAGUCAUGCCUAAUGGUUUGCGAGGUCUGAUGCUGGCUGUGAUGUUGGCUGCUCUCAUGUCCUCUUUGGCCUCCAUCUUUAACAGCAGCAGCACUCUGUUCACCAUGGACAUCUGGACUCGCAUCAGACCACAGGCCACUGAGCGCGAGCUCAUUAUUGUAGGCAGAGUCUGGGUUCUGUGUAUCGUAGCCGUCAGCAUCUGUUGGAUCCCAGUUGUCCAGGCGGCUCAGAGCGGUCAGCUGUUUGAUUACAUCCAGUCAGUCUCAAGCUAUCUGGCUCCACCUAUCGCGUCAGUCUUCCUCCUGGCUGUGUUUGUUAAGAGGGUCAAUGAAACGGGUGCAUUCUGGGGCCUGAUAGGCGGCCUGGUGAUGGGUCUGUGUCGGAUGUUGCCUGAGUUCUGGUUCGGUACUGGCAGCUGUAUUUUCCCUUCUAACUGCCCUUUCUUGGUGUGUGGGAUCCAUUACCUCCACUUUGCAAUCAUACUCUUCUUCUGUACGUCAGUGCUGGUGCUGGUGGUCAGCUACUGCACCCAGCCCAUAGAGGAUCAACAUCUCCAUCGUCUGGUGUUCAGCCUGCGUCAUUCCAAACAGGAGAGGAAGGAUUUGGACUGGGAGCAAAUGGAGAAAGGGAGAAGAGCCCGGAGGGAGGCUGAGGAGAGGAUGAGAGAGAGUAACAACAGUGAUGCAGUGGCUGAAGAGGACAAAAAGUCUGGUAUCUGUCGCCUGGUUGGUCAGUUCUGUCGGGGGGGCGGCGGCGGCUCCCAGGACCACAAGGUGCCUGAGGCACCAGAGAAGCUGCCUGACAUCAGCGAGGACCCGGUGUGGAAGAACACUGUGAAUACUAAUGCUCUCAUUAUGAUGGCUGUAGCAGUUUUUAUGUGGGGUUACUAUGCUUAACAGCUCUAUUCAUUCUAGCUGAAAGUGGAUGUUAAAAUGUGAGUUGGUAUCUUGAUAUGAUUGGUUUUAAUCACUUUGUUGGGAUGAUACAGUUUAUCUCCAAAGGACUCAGAAAUAAAACAGUGUUGCCAUCUGUUGGCAAUUAUGUGUCACCGCACUGCAAAUCAUAGUUUUUUUUUUGCAAUUAAAAAAAGAUUCAAAAUAGGCAGCAAAUAUACUACCAACAGUCUCACUUCUCUGUAGAGCAUUACAGGCUGUGAUCCUUCACUGUAUUUCUCCAGUUUUAAAGAGCAAUCUAUAAUGCAGUCUAAAAAUGUUUUAUCAGGUUAGAAUGCCAUUACUGUAUACGGUUACAUGUUGAUUCAAUCACAAAUCAAUCUGCACCUGCUUCCAGCACUGACAUAAAAGGUGUGAGAAGAACAAAUUAGAAUGUGGAAGCCAGGUAAAAUGUAAACUCAAUAAAGCCUCAAGUUGCCCUAAGA